CGCCGCUCUUGAGGUGGGAGGAGAGCCGGAGCUGCUCACCCGAGGUCCUGUGGCCGUCUUGUGAAGGUUGCUGACCACGGGCCCUCCAGGGCUUCAUGUUCUGCCGGGGGCUCCGUGCAGGGGGGACUGGUCGAGCCCUUGCCAUGGGACACUGCCGCCUCUGCCACGGCAAGUUCUCCUCGCGGAGUCUCCGGAGCAUCACCGACAGGUCGCCCGGGGAGGGUCCCGAGAGGUCGUGCCCAGGGCAGCGGGUCUUCAUCAAGGACUUCCAGCGCCUGCUCGGAGUGGCCGUGCACCAGGAUCCUGCCCUGUCCGAGUUUGUUUGCAGGAACUGCCAUGCCCAGUUCUACCAGUGCCACAGCCUGCUGGAGUCCUUCCUGCAGAGGGUGAACGUCUCCCCGAUGGGCCAGCAGAAGCUGUGUCCAAAGGUCGGUGCCCAGCCCCCGACAGGCCUGGAAGAGGCAGUGUUUCCAGGAGACCGCAUCACCUCCAGCUCCUGGUGCCUCCACGGCUUGGUCGGGUGGGUGCAUGGGCACGCGGGCAGCUGUAGUGCCCUGCCCAGCCUGCAGAGAACACUGGCCUCCGAGUACUGUGGCAUCAUUCAGGCCGUGUGGGGCUGUGACCAGGGCCACACCUAUACCAUGGACACCGACGCCAGCUGCAGGGCCCUCCUGCUGGACAGCAGCUUGUCAGUAAAGUGGGCGUGGGACAAGGAGAUGGCUUCCAGCCCCUCAGGGACUGGUCUGCAGGUCUCCCAAGCCAGAGGGACCACCGUUGGGGUCGAGACCAAGACACUGCCCAGCAUGGAAGUGGCCCCUCCUCCUCCAGAUGGCAACCCUAUGGGACCUGGGCCAGGUCCCCCACCUCAGCCAAGCCCACGGCUCAGUGGGGCCCCAGGGGGAGCUCACAGGACAAGACAGGAGCCAUUCCGUGCUCCUUGGAGAGCAGCAGACUCUGCUGGUGGUACCCGAGAGAGCAAGGGACGGCAGUCAGCCUGUCUUCCACUUGUUCUCCGCAGGCAGGACCCUGCUUCAGCCAUUUGUACAAGACACGUUCGUCCUGGCAGUUGGGUGAGAAGCAGGUUCCGUCUCCAACCUCGGAUGAUCGGAGAUUUUCUGAGUGAAGAUGAAAAUAACAAGAACGAGCACUCCCAGUCCUCAGACACGCACACCGAGCCUCCCCCGGAGAAGAAGGUUUCUAGUAGGAAGAGUGAAAGCAGAGAAGACACAAAGGCUGAAGAACCAAAAAUCCGCAAGAAGCCUGGGCCGAAACCCGGAUGGAAGAAGCAACUCCGCUGUGAAAGGGAGGAGCUGCCCACCAUCUACAAGUGUCCUUACCAGGGCUGCACGGCCGUGUACCGCGGGGCUGACGGCAUGAAGAAGCACAUUAAGGAGCACCAUGAGGAGGUCCGAGAGAGGCCCUGCCCCCACCCUGGCUGCAACAAAGUGUUCAUGAUCGACCGCUACCUUCAGCGUCACAUCAAGCUGAUCCACACAGAGGUUCGCAACUACAUCUGUGACGAGUGCGGGCAGACCUUCAAGCAGCGCAAGCACCUGCUCGUCCACAAGAUGCGCCACUCGGGCGCCAAGCCUCUUCAGUGUGAAGUGUGUGGGUUCCAGUGCAGGCAGCGGGCAUCACUCAAAUACCACAUGACCAAACACAAGGCAGAGACUGAGCUGGACUUUGCCUGUGACCAGUGUGGCCGGCGGUUUGAGAAGGCUCAUAACCUCAACGUGCACAUGUCCAUGGUCCACCCCCUGACCCAGACGCAGGGAAAGGCAGAACCUCCUCCUGCACCGCCAGACCCCUCUGGGACCAAGGAGGGCCAGACUGUGAAGCCAGAGCCCACCUGAGGACGGAAAGGGGCCUCAGUGGGGCAGCCUGAAGGCGGCAGGAGUAAUGGCGGGCUCCGCCCUGUGCCCUAGGGUGGAUGGUUGCCCCAGAAACCUGUCUUCUGUGUAUCCCCAUGGCAUUUGCAGUGGGAGACCAGUGUUUGGUUUCCCUUCAAAUACUGUAGUUUCCUGGGCACCAGACUAAAUCAGGUUUGUAAUCCACUUUGUAGUGCAACACUGGCUCCGUCUUGUGCUUAUAAGUUAUGUGCAGAGGAGCUGGGCAGCAUGCACUGGCUGGUCCAGUCAGGAGGGACGGGGCUGCUGGUGGAGCUCAGGCUCGGGCGCGGC